CUUGUUCCUAUUUCAUUGUGUCCGUUAUGUUUUGUUUUAUUUUGGAGAUUUUUUCUGUCAGUGUGUAGUGAAUAAACACAAGUAAAUUUUAUAAAAACUUAAAGAUACUUUGCCGUGGUUUCAAAAGUAACUGAACUCUUCGUUGGUGCCACUAAGUCCGCGUCGGGUUGAGGUUAUUGGACGUCCGAAGAGUACCCGUAACGUGUCGUGGAGAGAAGGGCAACAGCAGGCGCGCUGUUACAUACUCAUUCAAUGGACAGCUCUGGAAAUAGGGGCCUCUCUUGCGGUCAAGAACGUCUCGAUGAGCAUACCCGACGCGGUGGCCCAGGGCUCCACCGUCACCCUCCGCUGCGACUACGACCUGGAGGGCCAACCUCUCUACUCCAUCAAGUGGUUCCGUGGAGAGAGCGAGUUCUACCAGUACGUCCCAAAGGAGAUCCCGGCCUCCAAAGUUUUUGACGUCGACGGCGUCAAGAUCAAAGUUGAUGUGAGCCGAUCGGACGCCAACAGGGUAACUCUGCAGGACCUAGGCCGGCAGCCACCCGCCUACUACCGCUGCGAAGUCUCUGCCGACGCGCCCACCUUCCACACCGGUUUGCAGACCGGGCUCCUCUCCGUCGUCGUGCCGCCGCAGAGGCCGCCGACCAUCGCGGUGGACAAGCACCGGUUCACGACCGGCGACCACAUCAGGGCCAACUGCUCGGUGGGUCCGUCCUUCCCCGCCCCCAACAUCACGUGGCUGGUCGACGACAUGCCGCUGUCCAACCUGGUGGGGGACUUCGACGAGUCGGUGCUGCACGAGCACGCGGCCGGGCUGGACGACGAGCGGCUGCAGACGCUGCGCGCCACGCUGCGCAUCACCGGCGACCGCAACAAGAUGGUCCUGGGCUGCCAGGCCAGCCUGUACUCGGUGUACCGGCAGCGCAGCGCCAGCGUCCUCCUCGUCAGCGAGGGCGCGCCCAAGCCCGCGCCCGUCAGGAAGGCCGCGACCAGCGGCGCCAGCCGCACCAGCGGCAGCGGUCUGUCGCUGUUCCCACUGCAGUUCCUCACGUCCCGGACUUCCCUGGUGUCGUUUUUCGGCGCCGUCCUAGUGUUUCGACGGUAGCGCGCCGACUGAGCGCUCGUACUGAACUGCGCGCGCAACUGGCGCACCUAAAGCUGACCCAUUUGACGCUGGCGCGUCUCAAGCUUUUGAAACUGUGCAACAAAGUCGUGCCUUCCACGAGGACUAUCAGUGAGGUACGUCAGCCACCUCUGCACUGGGGCUGAGCCUUGUGGCGCACCUGCAACUGAGGAUCUGGUCGUCUUGUGCUCUGAAGUCCUAUCGAGCGCAGACUGACCUGUGAGCUGUGACGUGUGUGAUGCUGUGAACACUGUGGUGUAAAUUGUAGAUGAUAAACAAGUUAAUUAACACUGAACGAGUGACACCGACUGGAUUAAAUUGGAACAUUGUCUGUCGAUGACAGAAAAGUGAUUGGGAUGAAAUGUGCUGGUGUAGACUUAAAUGGAGCGGUUACACUAGUAAUGGUUUUGUGUCGUUUUUUAUUUUAUAGUACUUUUAUUCCAAGUUUUGUUACACGACGCUGCUUUUAAGUUAUUUGAAAAGAGAACUUUUAUGUUUGGUAAAUGACAUCAAGGUUCGAAAGGGGUCACUAUAAAAGAAAGCAGUGACACUCUUCUACGUGCAUAAUUAGUGUGGGCGUAGAAGUGUGUAACUAGUUCUUAUUGGAGUGGACGGUUGAAAAGUCGCAAUUUAUUUCCUGUUUGUAGCACAGUGUUUGAGACAUAAUAUAUAUGUCUACGGUUCGUGUGUUUUUCGCUCUUUUGCUUUUAUAUUUCCGAAGCUAUUCUGAUUGUACAGUUGUAACUUUGGUAAGAUGACGAAGAUAACUUUCUGGUUUUCAAAGAAAGAAUAAUAAAAUUUUAAUAUUCCAAUCUGGAUACUAAGUACAGAUAACACUUCAAACUGUUUUUUCGUGGAUAUGUUAGACCGAAAAGUAAUGUAGAUAACCUAUUUGACGAAAUCGCAAUUUUUAAAUUAUGUAAAUUCUAAGUCAAGAAUAAUAGAAGGACCUUUGUUUCGAAAUGUAAAUAUAUUUGUAUAUUGUGAAGAUUUAACUGUAAUUUACUACGCUGUCGUUGUAAUAAAGAAGUGGCUCAAUAAGUACUGCUGUAGAUCUCGCAGAAGAAAUUUCUCGAAUUAUAAUAAUUUGUUGUUAUUUUUAUUGGACUUCCCUACAGGGCGUUUCCCUAUUGCGGGGACAAGACUGUACGGUGGGCAGAAGCAGGAGAUAUGAAAGAAUAAUAAAUCUCAUAGAAAAGAAAA